AUGGCAGAUGCAGCGUCUUCUUUAACGGAAGUAGUAAGGCAAGUGGCUCAGCAACAACAAAGCCAGGCUUCUGAAAUACAGAGAAGCAGACAAGCACUCUGCGAAUUUCAAACACAGCUUUAUGAACUUGAAAAAGAGCUCAGGUCUGUACUACUGGAAACAAAAGAAGUUGAAAGAAAGAUUAUUCAAGAAGAAGACUUAAUAGAAAAUAUAACACAUCAAUGUGAAAUCCUGGAGACCCAAAACCACUCAAUUUAUGCUGAGAAUGUGAAGCUUAAACUGGAGUUGGAAACUCAGAGAGAAGAUUUUGAAUCCAUUGUGUCCAAAAAUAAUGGAUACCGUAAAAGAAUUGCGGAGAGUAUUAAUAGGUUUUCAGUGGCAGAAAAUAAACUGCCAUUUAUGAUUGAGCUUAAUAAGAAACGAGCUGUGGUUCAACAAUUAAAGAAGCAGAAGGAGGAAAUGAUUCUUGACUUGCAUAAUCCAGGGAGCGCUGCUGUAAAACAACUGCAGGAGGAAAUACUGUGUAUAAGUGAGCAAAUCAAAGCAAUAAUGGAGUGUAUCAAUGCAAAACAGAAGAUACAUAAAGAGGAAUUGGAAAAACAUGCUAUGCUUAGAAAAGACAUAGAGGUGCAGAAGAAACGGUACAAUGCAAUACUAAAACGUCUGCAGUCUCAGUUAAACAAGGCACAGCUGAGCAGAAGACAGUAUCAGUGGAAUAUUCAAGAGAUGAGAAAAACGGCAUCUACUCUACGGCAGAGUCUUGGAAUGAGCCAAUGA